CCAACUUGCAACUCUUACAAAAAGCAAGUGUCAGACAGGCAGCAGGCUUACCGAUAUUCCCCGGGACUUGUGCAGAGGUCGAGGGCUGAGUACCAUCGUCCACAUCUUCAGCUAACACGUCUGGCUCCUGACAGGAUGGGGGACAGACGGACAGAGGGAAAAGUGGAGCAGGGUGUGGUUUCAUCUCGUCUUGUAUUUGAUGCCUCUCCUGCAUCAACCUCACAUUGAUUCAAUGUCUUGGAUGUUCUGGACCUCCCAAACUGUGUGAUGACUGCACCCGAAGCCUGGCACAGGUUUUUCAUGACUGUGGAAUCUUCCUCUCAUCAUGAAUGUGACUGUUGCCAGCUGUGCGGCAGAGAUGCCGUAUGGAUACCAACCCCGCCUUAAAGGGAUUUACAUCGCCACUGAGCUCAUCAUCGCUACGCUGGCCAUCAUUGGCAACUUCCUGGUUUGCGUGGCCGUCGUAUGCAACAAGAAACUUCGUACCGUCACCAACUACUUCCUGGUGUCACUAGCAGUGGCGGACAUUCUGGUGGGACUGGUGGCCAUUCCCUGUGCAGUGCUGACAAACCUGGGACAACCUCACCAUGACCUGCCUCUCUGCCUGGUGCUGCUCAGCAUCCUGAUCAUACUCACUCAGAGCUCCAUCCUGAGUAUGUUAGCAGUGGCAGCAGAGCGUUACAUGGCCAUCCUGCUGCCAUUUCAGUACCAGCGCAUCAUGAGCCCCAGGAAAGCCCAGCUGGCCCUGCUGAUCACAUGGGCCAUGGCAGCCAUCACCGGCUCCGUGCCCCUCAUGGACCCGCAGAAACAACCAGCAAACUUUAACUACUGUAUCUUCACCUGUGUGGUGGACAUGUCCUACAUGGUCUACUUCAACUUCUUCUGCUGCUUCCUGGUGCCGCUGCUUGCCAUGUUCAUCAUCUACAGCCGCAUUUUCCUCACCAUCCGCCACCAAAUCAGACGCAUUGCUGUCUCCAGGGGGACCGCAGAGGACAUGACAGCUGCUGGUAGUGGGAGCACUCGGACAGAAGACACUGGGAGUUCAGCUGCUGGGGGAAGCAUGAGAGGUGGAGCAGACACGGAGACAGGAAGAGAGUCUAUUGGGUCUGUUAUUGACACCAAGACUAAUGUUGUCUUUACAAGGCUGGGGUUCAGGACGGCCUCAGCUGAAUCCACUAACAGCUGUGGUCCUGCUGACCCCCAUCCAGGAGAGCCCACAAAGGCCAAACCCAACAUUCAAACCUGUCAGGAGCUGCGUAAGGCCACCUCCCUGUUCCUGGUUCUGUUUCUCUUCACAGUCUGUUGGUUGCCCAUUCACCUCAUUAACUGCGUCCUACUGCUCUGUCCACAUUGUGAGGUGUCCAUGUCUGGCACGCUAGCAGCCAUUUUACUUUCCCAUGUCAACUCGGCCCUGAACCCGAUCCUGUACUCUUACAGGAUGAGGUCGUUCAGACACACUCUGAUAGUGAUAUGGAGAGGCAUGUGGACCGCUCGGCCAAAACCCCAGUAGAGCUGAACUGGUCUGCAAACAUUCAGCACGUCAGCGUCUGCAUGUGUAAAAACUUCUUAAAAAUGGUCAAAACUUUAAAAGGUAGGGCGUAAAAGGUUUUGUAAAAGAAGCCAAAAGUGUUGAUCAAAGUGCGAUUCUUCAGUGCUGACUGACUGUUUUCAGCUCAUUGUUUUGGAUUUUACGACGCAUAACUUCACUGUUUUGGUUUCUUUGCUGCGUAUGAAGCCGCAGCAUUUAGUUAGCAUUUAGCAGCUAAGAAGAGAUACUUUUCUCAGGAGGGUGGAGACCAAAACAAAGCGGGAGGGGGAGUUUAUAUUAGACUUAUUAAUAUUUACAGGAUGAAAGGGCUCAGACAGAUGUACAGUAAUGUAUCACCAUUGUCAACAAUCAAUUGAAAUUCAUUCAUGUAUCCUUUUAUAAUUUUAUAUAGUCAUAUAAUUGUUUACACUGUACACCAGGAACACGUAAAAGCUGAAUAAUCCGAGUCGUUCUGUAUGAU